UGUUUUGGACAGGUUUCAGAUGAAGGAUUGCAAUCCUGUAAGCACUCCAACUGAGUUUGGCUUGAAGCUAAACAAAGAUCAUGAAGGGAAGAAGGUGGACAGUACACUUUACAAGCAAAUUGUUGGCAGUUUGAUGUAUUUAAUUGCAACAAGGCCAAACAUAAUGUAUUCUGUGAGUUUAAUAAGUAGAUAUAUGGAGAAUUCAACAGAAAUACACUUGUUAGCUGCCAAGAGAAUCCUUCGUUACUUGCAAGGAACUAGAGAUUUUGGGCUGUUCUACAAGAAGGGUGAAAAGUCAGACUUGUUUGGGUUUACUGAUAGUGAUUAUGCAGGAGAUCAAGAUGAUAGAAGGAGCACUUCGGGCUAUGUUUUCAUGUUAGGAACAGGAGCUAUUUCAUGGUCAUCAAAGAAGCAGCCAAUCGUCACAUUGUCAACCACUGAAGCUGAAUUUGUUGCAGCAACAGCUUGUGCUUGUCAAGCUAUUUGGCUGAAGAAGUUACUUGAAGAAUUGUAGUUCAAAGAAGAUGGGCCUACUCUUAUUUACUGUGACAACAACUCAGCAAUAAAGCUCUUAAAGAAUCCUGUUCUUCAUGGUCGAAGCAAGCAUAUAGAUGUGAAGUAUCAUUUCUUGAGGGAUCUCACAAAUGAUGGAGUUAUUAAUCUGGUUUACUGCAGAAGUGAAG